AUGCUUCUCCGACUACCCCUCCGCCCGAUUUCCAUCGCCCAACGACCGCCCUACCUCUUCCCGGUCCCCAGCGCGUUCCGCCGCUCCAUCCAUCAGCACCACCAGCGCUCCCCGCUCCGUCCCGCCUUUCUACCCUGUCUCCGUCUCCGCAAUCCAACCCCCCUGAAGCGCCACCUCCACCUCCCGGCCAUCCUCGUCCCGCCGCUCGUCUUCACAGGACUCUUCCUCAUCCUCUGGGUCUACAAGUGUGCGAUGAUGAUCGUGUUCCAGAACCGGAUCAUCUACAUGCCGAGCAUGCCGCCGGGUGCGCGGCGGGAGAAGAUCGAGGAUUACGCUGGUAUGUGCGGCGGUGUGAGGUGGACGGAAAAGAGGAUACGGGCGCGGGACGGGGUGGAGCUGGGGUUAUGCGUGGGUGAGAGCGCCAACAGUGGGAGGUUGAAAGCCGCGGACACUGCGGAGAGACAUGUGGUGAUUUUGUAUUUUCAAGGCAAUGCUUCGUCCCUACCUCCCCGGUUGCCGCUUUUAUCAGGCGUGCUCAAGGAUCUGGAGCGAGGAGGCUCCGAUCCACGCGUGAAAUACACCUUCGUCGCGCUCUCGUACCGCGGCUACUGGACGUCUCGCGGACGAGCGUCGCAGAAGGGGAUCGAGCUCGACGCGCUCGCCGCGCUCGACUGGAUCCACGAGGAAUACCUCGAGGAUCUCGACGGUUCUACCUUACGGCGCGACCACGGCGACACCAUCGUCCUCUGGGGACAAAGUAUCGGCGCGGGCGUAGCCACAGGCCUCGCCGCGCAUCAGUGCGAGACGAAGUCCAACCGGCGGACAUCCGUCGGCGGACUCAUACUCGAAACGCCGUUCCUCAGCGUGCAAAGCAUGCUCGUCGCGCUCUACCCACAACGCUGGCUCCCGUACCGAUACCUAUGGCCCUUUCUGCGCAACUGGUGGGACUCAGAGGCGGCGCUGAAGCGAACGGGUGUCGCGCUGCAGGAGGCAGGACGGGAGCUUGAGCGAGGAUCGGAGAGGAAGAUGCGGGUAUUGAUCGUGUCUGCUGCGAACGACGAGCUCGUUCCGGGACAGCAGGCCGACAGACUGGAGGAGAUCUGUGUAGAGUCGGGGCUGGAUGUGCAGAGACGGAGGGUCGCGGGAGCUCUCCAUACAGACGCGACAGUUCGAGCUGAAGGUCGAAACGCGGUGGUGAGAUUCUUGAAAGAGGUAGGGGAAAGAUGACGUCAAAAAAAAAAAAAAGAGAAAAGGACAAAAAACGAAGCCUUUGGUUAUUAGUAAUACUAUCAUGCAGGGUCUUAACUAGUUACUAUGGAGUCCGACGCAGUUAUGCUCCCUUUCGAUUACAAGCUCGUGUGGAGUGCAGAACACGAGAUGUGGUGCAAGCUCCUUUGACGAGCGGGAGCCGUUUCCGAGACUAGCUAGCUGCGAGAGGGGGACGGAAGGGCGUGGUGGAAGUGAGUGUUAGCUUCAGACGGGCGCAGAAAAAAGAAUGUCGAGAUCGAAUCGAGAAAAGACGCGACACGUGGUGUCAGAUUCUCCAGCAGGGAGAAGCUCCCAUGUCUUUUCCGGCUUGGUGGUUGAAGAGAUGUCGUGAUCGACAGAUGUCCUUGGCAGGGCGCGGUGUCGUAUGUAGUCAGUUUAGUUCACGUUACGAACAA